UACUAGCUACGAUAUUUCAGAUGCUGAUAAUUACAAUUUCAUUAUCGUAUGUGAGCGGGGAGUAUACUAUACGUCCAAUUCCUCUGUUAUGAUAUGCAUAUAAAAUUAUUAUUAUUAUUAUUAUUUUUAUGUGUGUAGAUUGCGCACUCAUCCGAGCGACGUCACACUAGGCCAUAUUCAAGUGACUGGAUGUAUUCUCUGAAGUACGACUACAGUAACAUUUAACGACUGUUCAAGUAUAUUGUUCAUCUAAAUCAGCAUUUUUUAAAAGCUUGCACUUCUUCUGUCCUGGAAAAAUAAAUAUUCCACCAGUUUACUUGAGUGUCUCUUGAGUUGACCAUGAGAUCAAGACAAAGAGGAGUUAAUCUGGGCUUUCUUAUGCUCAUUUCCCAGCUCUUUCGAAUAGGACCCAGUAAUGUCCCCCCUGUAACCCUUGCUACUCUGGGGCUAAACAUUUACCUUUUCCUGGCCCCUCAAAAGCAAUUGCUGGACGUGUGCAUCAGUGUACAGAAUGCCUAUAUCUACAAGGACUGGACACGUCUUAUCUUCUCCCCCUUUUACCAUGCCGAUGACUGGCAUCUAUACUUCAACAUGGUGUCUUUGCUGUGGAAAGGAAUACAGCUAGAGAGAAGACUUGGCAGCCCAUGGUUUGCCUACAUCAUUGGAGUGUUUUCUCUGAUGACUGGUGUUGUAUACAUCAUAUUGGAAAUGGUGUUAACUGAAUUUACAAAGGAUCCAUCAUACAGUAGGCAGUGUGCAGUGGGUUUCUCAGGUGUCUUAUUUGCCUUGAAGGUGAUAAACAACCAUUAUUUCCCAGGGGGUGUUGCACAUGUGUUUGGAUUCCCAAUUGCCAAUAAGUAUGCCUGCUGGGUUGAGCUUGUAGCUAUUCAUUUGGUUUCACCUGGGACUUCUUUUGUUGGGCAUCUGGCCGGCAUUGUUGUUGGACUGCUGUACACCAAAGGGCCUCUGAAGAAGAUAAUGAAAAUGUGUGCAGGAGUUGUGUCUUCCGAUGGCGGUUAUUCAAGAGGUUCAUACUUUAAUUAUUCAGGAUACAGUGGACCGAGAAGUUCACCAAUAAGAUCUAAUACAUAUAACGCGUACAACCAGUACAGUCCAAACAACACUUACAGCGCCAGCAAUGAGGCCCCUGGGUAUGAACCAUACACAGGAGGGCUCUCUGAAGAAGAGCAGUAUCAAGCAGCCAUCAGGGCUAGCCUGAAUGAUCAAGGUAGUGGACAUGCUCAGAGAAGACCAAAUUAUGGAUUUAACAUUCCAACGGGACCUCUGACCUGGGAAGAGAUAAGACAACGAAGACUCAACCGCUUUGAGGGAUAAGGCAUGUACCCUCUGCUUUUAGAGAGCCAUGGAGUCUUUAACACCUCCCGUUCUGUUUACAGGACUAAAAUGUAAAAUGCAAUGUGUCACUCGGCUACAAAAACAAGUACCUGGAUAACCAUGUUGAUUUCCAAGCUUGAUUUGAUUAUUUUUCUGUUCAGUUUCAAACAAAAUAAUUUUUACCCAGAUGGCUUGGUAUGGGUAUUUUGAUCCAACACCUGCAGCAACUCCGCAGCUUACAUUCCAGCAUGUAUGGAAGGGUAUGUGGGUCACUGGCAAUAAUGAAGAGCGAUUGCUCUUUGGGUAUGUAGGGGCUAGAUUUGCCACUGAUUUCAUGCUAGACAACUGCUUGCUGAUUUGCUGGACAGACACCUUUGUACAGUACAGUAUAUGCAUGGUGGUGAUGGGUGCUGACAUUUUUUAUCAUGUCGACAAUUUGGGGCUGGUCUUGGAAUUUGUCCUGUUUACACACUUUUGUAAAAUACUUCAUCUGUCUCUUUGGUUGUGAUAGUACAUGUUAAGACAAUGUGGCAUUUCCUUGACAGUAUGAAACAAGACAUUGUUUACAUUAUGUCUACUGUCAGCAUGCUGUAAGAAGGAUCAGGGUCUACACAUUGUUGAAAGUGUAUCGGCUAACUAGAUCUCUCAUUAGCUUACAAUUAUACCUUUUCUGUGUUUAGUUUUCUCGUUGUUAUUUUUAUUUUCACUCUGGCAAAUUCCAUUUGUCCUGUUGCCAAACACAUUGUACGUUAAUUGUCCCUGUAGCAGUCAGCUAUCUACAUUAAAUUCAGUUCUUCAUACCUGCUGCACAGGAAGUCUAACAAUAGUGUGUAACUGGGUGGAUAUCUGGGAAAUUUAAAUAAGGGACUUGCAAGAAACUUGUGUUUAAGUUAGAAUUUUUUGUUUUGUUUGUUUGGUUUUUUUUUUGUUUUAAGAGCCUUACUACAUUUAUGCUUUGUACUCCCAGCAUUAGUCCACAGUACAGAAACACUUACAGUUACCAAAUUGACAUAAGACCUCUCCCAUUCUUCAACAGACAUUUUAUAUUUACACUAUAAUUGUGUGUGUGUGUGUGUGUGUGUAUAUAUA